CAGAAAGUGUAGUGCAAAGUGCAGAUGUUAAACGAAAGUCGCGAAGAGGUUAGAUGAGAGAGUUUAUAUAUGACGCCAACGUUGAGUAUUUCAGGUAUUACGGACAUUUGUUAACGUAUAGUGUUCUAAGGAUAAGUUGCACACGGUACGUAAACGUUUAAUCGAAAUACUUACUUUACUCGGUUAACGUGGCCCACGUCUCUCACGAAUUUCCGCUGGAAAUGACAUAACCUUUACCGCGCGGUGUGAUACACACGUGCUUGGAAAACCGAAACUUUGUACAAUACAAGUGAUAUUAGUGAGAUUUAUUUUGUUGACACGAUGUUCGAGGCGCACAGCAUCGUCGCGGAUCAUAAAGAUCUCAUACACGAUAUCGCCUAUGACUUCUACGGUCAGCGAAUGGCAACAUGCUCGACUGACCAGUGUGUAAAGGUUUGGGACGAAGAUGAGCAUGGAAACUGGCACUUGACUGCAUCUUGGAAGGCUCACAGUGGUGCAGUGUGGAAAAUUACUUGGGCACAUCCAGAAUUUGGUCAGGUUCUUGCUACCUGCUCAUUCGAUCGCACUGCUGCUGUCUGGGAGGAAAUUGUUGGCCAAGGUUCUGGAUCAGGAGCACGUGGGAGUAGACACUGGGUUAAGAGAACCAACUUAGUGGAUUCACGUACUUCUGUCACAGAUGUCAAAUUUGCACCAAAGACCCUGGGUCUUUUGUUGGCUACUUGCAACGCAGAUGGAUUUAUUCGAAUAUAUGAGGCACCAGAUAUCAUGAAUCUGAGUCAGUGGACAUUACAGCAUGAUAUCAAUUGCAGGCUUUCAUUGAGUUGUCUCACAUGGAAUCCGUCUCUGUCGAGGCUACAUCCGCCCAUGAUAGCAGUAGGUAGCGACGACAUAAAUACAUCCAGUGGAGCGAAGGUCUUUAUUUACGAAUAUUCUGAAAGCAGUAGACGUUGGACGAAGGCGGAGGCGUUGUCAAACAUCACAGAUGCCGUCCACGACAUCGCGUUCGCUCCCAAUUUAGGCAGAAGUUAUCAUACGCUGGCCAUAGCAACGAAGGAUGUGCGAAUAGUUACCUUGUCGCCGACUCAGGACAAUAUGCAAAACGACGUGUCGCGUUACGAAAUAACCGUGGUGGCGCAGUUUGACGAUCAUUACUGUACCGUGUGGCGUGUUUGCUGGAACGUCAUGGGUACGAUCUUGGCGAGUUCCGGUGACGACGGCUGCGUCCGCUUGUGGAAGGACAAUUACAACAACAAUUGGAAAUGCGUGUCCGUUCUCAAAGGAGACGGUACCGGUCAGAACGCCGAGACUCCGGCGACCCCGCCGAGCUCGUCGGCCGGGCAACAGCCGCCGUCUACCACCAGGACUGUAAGCAUAGCCACGGUUACGGCGGAGAAGCCGACAGCUACCGUCGUGUGCAGUAAUAAGUGGCAACCGCCGGUUAUAAAGGGUCGCUUUAGUAAAUCCGUGUGGUUGGGUAAUCCCAGCGAGCCGACUCCGCCACCACCGCCGAUCUUAGAAUGUCCGAAAGCAAAGAAAUAAUUUGCGGAAAGAACAGAAACAAAUGAUCCGCUCGCUACUCUCGGCGCAAUACGUGAUCUUUUAAGUAUUAUUCGAGCGCGAUAUUCGCGAUAUACUUGUGCAGACUCGAUUACGGUAUCGCGAUAUAACGCGCGUGUAACAUUCAAUGUGCCGUUCGUCGCAGAAUCAAGCCGCGAGGUCAGUCUCGACUGUGUUCUCCUGAUUGAUCUCUCGUGCUGAUCUUUUGGACGUCACAUAUCGAUAAGCACAUUGUGAUAAUUGCUGUUUUCGGCGUAAUACUUACUUUAUUUUCUUUUUUUUUUUAGAGAUUUUUUAGACUCCUUUUAUAUUCUUUUAUCGACGUUUGAAGAUUAGAUUCUCUUGAUGCAACAUAAGAAUCUGCGAGAAUUCCGUCGUUUUCGAGUAGUAUUUUUUGAUAGAUGCAUUUUUCAGGAGGUCCGCGGUCAAUUAUCCGAAUACAUCGCUUCAUUUUUAUUAUCACACAGUAAGAAGUAACGUUGUUUUUAUAUGUACUGUUUGUCUUUUAUUCGAUAGCACAGCGAUUGGCUGUGCGAUGUUAUAAAGCACGAAAUUACGUGUGCGUGUUUACAUUUUUACGAAUUGUCAAUCACCAGACUUUAUUACUUUUCAUUUUUUUCGGGACAGUGAUCCAAUAUACUUACAAACGCUGAAAAUAAAACGUUUCGUUCGACGAAACACUUGUCCCAUUUUUACAUCCGCAUUUGCGCGUGAAUCAAAUAUACAAAUUGUAACAUAAUGUAAAAAUUAUGUAUAAUACACAAAUAUAAAAGUGAGUGAAAUGAA